AUGGAUGAGAUAAAUACAAGUGAUUUGACAGGAGAUGACCUUACACCAACAAGUAGUCCUUGUUUGGCACUGAGUGAUCGUUUCGCAAUACCAUCUAGUGAUUUGGAAGAACUUCCGACAGAAACAGAUAAAUCCGACGCGCUCAGUAUAACUAGUACUCCUAUUAGUAAGGACACUGAAUCUGUAAACAGUUUAAUCAAUUGGUCUUCAAGUGCGACGACAACGUCGAGAUUCUCGUCAGAGCUAGGAUUCGACCACGAUUCCGACAGCGACUUAGGAUGUUUUCCUAUAUCAUAUUCAAGCAGCGAGGAUGAGAGAGAUGAAUAUGAUGAUAAUAACAUGGGUCGAGCCACUCUAGCGGAUAAGGUAACAGAGCAGCAAUCCCUGGAACUCAGAGUGACACGUAACACAACAGAAGAAGUUAGAAAAUCUAAGCAAACGAAGCUUUCCAUUGAUGAAGUACGAACAUUUUCUUGUUGUACUGAAAAAUGCACUUGGAGUGUUGAAUAUGCCGUCCUAAUCUUAGCAAGGUCAUCUUUUAAUAACCUGUCUAAUAAGGGAAAGAACCAGUGGGUUCUGAAUUACAUAAUCGAUCAUCAGAAUAAAAGUGACAAGAAUAUACUUUUCAUGGUUUAUGGAAAUGUGGUUUGCAAAAAAGCGUGCAGAUUGGUCCAGCAUCAUGUUAAUGGUAAUUUAACAAUAGCAAGCCAAGAAAAGAAAAAAAGAAAGACAAAAACUUAUAUAGCGAAAGCCUGGAUGAAAACAUCAUUUUCCAAGAUGGGGGAUAAAAUGCCUGAUAGCAUAAGAAUCCAUUUGCCAUGCUACCUCAAUUACAGGAUACUGUACAAUUAUAUGGUGGAAGAUCUAAAAGCAAUGGGGGAUGAUCCAAUUUGUUAUUCCCAAUUUUGCAAACUGUUGGAGACAGAUUUCAAGGAAGUCACUAUUCCUAAGGUUACAAGGCUAACAAAGUGUGACAUAUGUGUCAUUCUAAAAGAGGAGAAGCAAAAGACCUUGGAUAAAACAGAGAGAAAUUACUAUGAUGUUCUUUACAACCAACAUAAUCAGCUUCAAAGGGAAGAGCGUGAGAAGUAUUAUAAACACCGUGCCAAAGCUAAAUCAGCUCCUAAAAAAUAUGCAUGCAUUAUAAUUGAUGGAAUGGAUCAGAUGAAACGAAUGAUCCUACAACUCCUUCAUCAAAUGAAAGCAUAUUCAAGUGCAUGGAAGUUGAAAACACAUCUUACUGGAGUGAAAGUGAACUUUCUAAUGAAAGGACACACCCAUGAAGAUUGUGAUCAGCUGUUCAGCAGAUUUGGAGUCAAACUCUCAACCAAUGAGUUGUUACAGUUAAAGAUUUAA